AUGACGGUAAUGGUGACUAUAAUAGUAACAGUAAUGGUUACGGUAAUAGUCACGGUAACGAUGACGGUCACGGUGAUGGUGAGGGUGGCGAUAACUAUGAUGGUCACGGUGACGAGUAACAGUAAUAGUGACGAUAAUGGUAACAGUAAUGGUCACAUAACGGUAUCGCGAACGGUAACGAUAAUGAUAACGAUAACGGUGAUGGGUAACGGUAACGAUAACAGUGACGCUGACUGUAAUAGUGACGGUAACGGUGAUAGUAAUGGUAACGGUGACGGUAAUAGUAUUGGUGACUAUAAUGGUGACGAAAACAAUAACGGUAACGGUAACGGUAACAGUAAUGGUGACAAUAAUGGUCACGAUUACGGUAACUGUAAUGAUAAUGGUAACAAUAACAGUGACGGUGACGGUAACAGUGAUGUUGACGAUAACAGUAAGGGUGACGAUAAUUGUCAUGAUGACGGUAACGGUAACAGUCACAGUCACGGUAACGGUAACGGUGACUGUGAUGGUAAUGCUAACUAUUACGGUGACAGUGAUGGUAACAGUAUCGAUAACGGUGACGGUAAUGCUGAUGAUAAUGGAGAUGGUAACGGUAACGAUCACGUGACGGAAACGGUCACGGUAACGAUGACGAUAAUGGUAAUAGUGAUGGUUACGGUAAUGGUGAUGGUAACGGUCACGAUCACAAUAAUGGUCACAGUAACAGUGACGGUAAUUGUAAUGGUAACGGUUACGAUAACGGUAAUUGUAACGAUGACGAUAAAAAUAACGAUGAAAAUAGUAACGGUAACGAUGACGUUUACAGUAACAGUGACAGUAACCGUUACGAUAACAGUUAUAGUGAUAGUAACGGUAACAAUAACAGUAACUGUGAUAGUGACCGUAAUGGUAAUGGUAACGGUAUCAUGGACAACAACAAUGACGGUAAUGGAAAUGCUGACGGUAAUGGUAACUGUAAUGGUAAGAGUUACAGUGAUAGUAACGGCAACUGUGAUGGUAACGGUCGAAUGUAAUAGUAUUGGUAAUGGUAACGGUAAUGGUGACGAUAACGAUGACGAUAACAGUGAUGGUAAUCAUGACAAUAACGGUCACGAUAACGGUAAUGGUCACGGUCACGGUCACUCUAACUAUAACGGUAGUGGUAACGGUAAUGAUGACGGUUAUAGUAAUGGUGACGAUAACGGUCACGGCAAAGGUUACGGUAACAGUGACGAUAACAGUGAUAGUAACGGUAAUGGUCAAGUUAACGGUGAUGGUAACAGUGAUGGUGACAGUGAUGAUAGCGGUAACGGUGAUUAUGAAGGUGACAACGGCGAUAACGGUGACUAUCACGGUGAUGGCAACGAUGACGGUUAUGAUAAUGGUGACGGUAACGAUCAUGGUCAUAGUAAAGGUGAUGGUAAUGGUGAUGGUAACAGUGACGGUAAUGGUGACGGUGAUGAUGAUGGUGACGAUAACGAUGACAGUGACAGUGAUGGUUACGGAGAUAGUAACGGUAACAAUAAAGGUGAUGAUGAUUGUAACAAUAACGGUAAGGAUGACGAUGACGUUGACGGUAAAGGUAAGGUCGACGAAAACGGUGACGUGACGAUUACGGUUAUGGUGACGGUAAUGGUCACGGUCACGAUAACGAUAAUGGUUACGGUGACGAUAAUGGGUAAUGGUAAUGGUAAAGGUAACGGUAAUGGUGAUAGUAACUGUAAAGGUAAUGGUAAUUGUAACGAUAAUGGUAAAGGUAACAGUAACGGUGACGGUAACACUAACGGUAAUGGUAAAGGUAAUAGUAACGGUAACCAUAACGGUAACGGUCACAGUCACAGUAACGGUAACGAUAACGAUAACGGAAAAAGUAACGGUAACGAUAAUAGUAACAGUAAUGGUAAUGGUAACCGUAACGAUAACGGAAACGGUAACGGUAACGGCAAUGGUAAUGGUAAAGGUAACAAUAAUGGUGACGGUAACAGUAACUGUAAUGGUAACGAUGAUGAUAACCAUAACGGUAAUGGUAAUAGUCACAGUAAUGAUGACAAUAACAGUAACGGUAUUAGUCACGAUAACGGUGACAGAAACGGUUAUAGUAACGGUUAUGGUGACUUUAACGGUGACAGUCAUGGUGACUAUAAUGAUGACAAUCAUGGUGACUAUAACGGUGACGAUAAUAGUAACGGUGAUGAUAACUGUAACGGUUAUAGUGACGGUAACGGUAACUGUAACGGUAAUGGUAACUCUAACGGUGACGAUAACAGUGACGGUGACAGUAACGAUGACAGUAAUGGUUACAAUAACGGUAACGGUUACGGUAACAGUAACAGUAAUGGUAACGGUGACGGUAAUGAUGAUGGUGACAAUAACGAUGAUAGUAACGGUUACGAUAAUGGUAAGGGUAACAGUAACGGUAACGAUAACGGUGAAGGUGAAGGUGAUAGUAACAAUAUCGGUAACGGUGAUGGUAACAAUAACGAUAGCGGUGAGAGUAACAGGGACAAUAACUGUGACGAUAAUGAUAACGGUUAUGGAAACGGUAAUGGUAAUGGUAACAGUAACGGUGACACUAGCGGUGAUUGUAACAUUGAUUAUCACCGUGACAAUGACUGUGACUAUGACCAUGAUGGUUACAGUAAAGGUGACCGUGACCGUGACGAUUAUGCUAACGAUGACGGAGAUGGUCAUAGUGAUGGUAACAGUGAUGGUCACGGUGACAGUAAUGGUGACGAUAACUAUACUUGUCAUGGUAAUGGUCACGGUAACAGUUAUGGUGACGAUAAUGGUAAUGGUGACGGUGACAGUAAUAGUAAUGCCAAUGGGGACAAUGACGUUAAUGGUAAUAGUGAUGGUAAUGGUAACGGUAAGUGUAUCAGUAACGAUAACGGUAACGGUGACGGUAAUAGUAACGGUAACGGUAAUAGUAACGGUCAUGGUAACAGUGAUGGUAACUGUAACAGUAACGAUAAAGGUAACUGA